AUGGAUCCCUUCAAGCAACUCCCAGCAGAGCUGAUCUAUGAAAUAAUCCAAUACAUAUCCGACUUCGUCAGUCUCGAAAACCUCAUGGCAGCAACCCCCCAAGUCAAAGACAUAUUCCGAGCCAAUCAUCAUGCAAUCCUCGAAAGAACAAUAUCAUCAAACUCCAUCACGUCAAUCUCCGAUAUACGGGAUCUAUUCCGGAAUAUUGCAUCCAUCCAUUGUCCCUCGACUCACUGCUCAAAUCUCGAAGAAUACAUGCACCUAGCACACGCAGAAAGCACUCCAGACUCAGUUCUUCCAAACCAAACGACAACCCUAGACCUAUCGCUUCAAAUGCUUCAUAUCGCCGCUCAAAUCCAACGCCUCGCAUGUCUCUGUCUAUCGACGAUGAGACGCAACUUCGUCACCGCCGUCACAUCCGCAGACACAUUAUUCAGCCCCGAUCAAGUGCGAAAUACCGCAGAGCCGUUCUCCUGGAUAGAGGAGUAUCGCGUUCACUGGGCUCUCUGGAAUCUCCGGCAUUACUCUGAUCUUCGGAAAACCGUAGAGACUCAAGUUCCCCAUGACAAGAGCGAAACUCCUGCCACAAACACCUGGAAGUGGACGGCGGAAUCUCUCGCCAAAUUCGACGCGUAUGCCGUCUGGAACGGUAUUAGCUAUUAUCCGCUCGAGCAAAUCUGGACUGUAGCCGCAGUGCUAGCGGAGCUAGGACUCGUCACGAAUUCAGCUUCGGGGUUGUCUUUGGCGGCGUGGGAGUUGCCCCUGGAAACGCCAAUGCCGUUCUUUGCCUCGUUUGAGCUGCCGAGGGUGGUUGGGGAGGACUUGCCGCUCUGGCGUCCGCCGCCAAUACCCAUUGAGACGCCAAUCACACUGGCAUGGCUUCUUACUGCUAGUCGGCGGUACUUGCCGUCGGGACAAACGGCUCUGUAUCGGCGACUGUGCCUGCGGAGUGCAAGCAGACAUGUUAUUUGCAAUAUCCAACCAUAUCGACAGAUUGGUGCGUUCUUGUGGGAUAAGUGGCGGAUGAACUCUGUUGGACUGCUGCCUGUGUCGUUAGCAGUGAACGAGGUCACUCCGCUUCCAGGAGGUGGAUUUCUCGAUGCAGAGGAUUAUAAUAUGUUUCAUGCUCAAGAGGCACGAUGGCUGGCACUAUCGUCAUUGGCAUAA